CAGCAGUAAGGCGCUCCUCGCCGCUGUCGCCGGAUCGCGCAAGGGGGUCCCAGGCCCCAGUAAUACCCGCAUAAUUCCAGGUGCGUUGCCGACGCUCCGCGAGUCCGCCUUACUGCUGCUUAUACACCUAUUGAAAAAACGUUGUCGGGUUCAAAAAAGGUUAUAUCAUCAAAGCUAAGACCGAAGGGCAUGGGAAGAUAAAAUACCGCAGCCAAACAGCUCUCCAGCGUAAAUCUUCUGAGAAUGGCUUUGGCAUGUUGUUAAUCGUCGACCGACUUUGCUCUACUGUGCAUUUUUACAUAUCUAUAUGCAAAUAUAAUACACAUUUCGGAGUACCCAAAAUCCUUUUCGGUCUUAAUUUCGAUGAUAUGACCUUGUCGAACCCGACAACGUUUUUUUUCGUGAUAUAGGAAUCGUAUCGUCGCACUUUUACUAUUACACAUACAGUGAGACAGAUUUAAAUGGAUAGGUAUACAAUUGUAAGUAUGAAUGCACAGAGUGGGGUAUUCUUUCGYCGGUGUCAUCUAGACCAAAAGAAAUCAAAAACUUACUUGGCACCGAGGACAUCUUUGAGAUGCCUUCAUGUGGUGGCCGAAGGUUUUAGUAAGAUUCCGGCCCUCUUUGGGGUCGCCUAUGGGAGUUAAUAGCGACCUUAARCUGCAGGACGGCAACGACGACGACGACGGCAAGCACACAAUAGCACUAAUUGCGCUACAGUGUAUUCAAUAGAUACUCGUUGGGAUGUACGAAACACUGUGCAUCAUUGCCGUCUUAUGCUGAAAGUAAGACGUGAAAUACGUACUAAAGAGAACGGCUAUGCCAAAAGCUUAUCUUUGCUGAUUUUCUUUUUAAGUGAAGGGAUCCCAAAAGACGUCAUUUUACUCUAAAACGGGGGUGCUUAUUGAGUGAAAUAUUAGUUAAACAUGAAAUAAUAAUACAAUAGAAGGUUGAAGCGCCGCAAUUUCGCCGACGUUGUCGCCUGCGUUGCCGUUCUGCAGCUUAAGGUCCCUAAUAUGACAUCUUUAGAUAACUUCAUGCUGAGAGGCCGACGCUUUGGGCGAGAUACCAUGGUCAUCUAAAAGAGCUUAGUCGAAUCUAUAUAACGUACACCGUUUGUUAAAGCCUUGGGAGACAUGAUGAAAGGUUCCCUUUUGGGGGUCGUCUAUGCAAGUGAAUAUGCCUUCUUGACUCGUGACCUCACUCCUGUUUGACUUUUAAAUAUAUAAAAAAGCAAAGCUUGUAAUGAAAAGCUAGUUGAGUAAAAACGCAGAUUUUGUUGCCGAUCGAAUGAAUGGGCUAUUCCACAACUGGUAAGUCAAUAAAAGUGGAACUCAAUAAAUAUACCUCUUUUUAAUUCCUUUCAGAUAAAAUGAAGGGCCAAAAUCCGUCUCUAUCUGUGCUUAAACCAAGCGUAUAUUCCUUCUGUUUUCGCUACACAAUCCCUCGUAUAGAUCUACCGCCUUCCUACGAGGCGAAGCAUGGUUACAUCAGGUAUUGGAUGCAAGCCAGCAUAAAGAAGAAAAAGGGUAAAAGUAAGAUAAAAACAGCGAAGCAAGUGUUUGAUAUUGGUGGUUAUAAUGAAUAUGAUGAGGAGGAGCUGAAAGAGAUGAAAGAUCGUGAACUGCAGAGCGUCCCAAACGCCAGAGAGACAGCGACGCUCAUUGGAGUCUCCUGUUAUCCAACAGGAAGUUUAACCCUGUCGGCCCGCACGAAUAAAUUCUUAUACCAUCCCUGUGAAGUUAUAACAACCCAUGUAACGACUGGAAACGAGGCUUAUAGGGGUGCGCGUAUUAUCGAAGCAUCGCUGGUCAGGCUGACUGAGUACGACGAUGGAAAAAGUAACAAAACACAUAGCAAACAAGAAGUAGUGCGCGUUGAAAAAGAAGUCGAAAAUACUGGUGAAAAAGAUCUUCAGUUGGUUCUUCCCGCUCAAUCACUACAGCCAACCAUGAUGCGCGCAUGCAAAUGCAUCAAAGUGAGUUAUUAUUUAAAGGUUCGAAUGAAAAUCAAUGGAAAAAAGCAGAAGAAAUCAGCCUUGAUGAUUCCAGUGGUUAUUAUUCCAUCUCCUGUUCUACCUUCACCAAGACCAACAACGUUAACACAGUUACAUUCUGAUUUACGAAAAGACAGUCCUUAUGAUAGCGUAAGUAAUAUCACCCCAGGGACAUUAUUCUACGUCACAGGAAGUCCCUACGGUAAUGAAUGGGACACUUCAGCUGGGUCCCUUUAUGAAAAUAAACAGCACCGUUCAAGACGCACAUCAAGGGUAGCACCUUUGGACGAGAACACUUCUGUUUCUUUCUUUUUUAACGACGAACCCUUUAUUUCAUACGUGUAAUCGUAUAAUGACAGUUAGUCGCCAACUCUCAAAAUAUAAGUUAAAGUCUUUGAAUCUCAUUAUCUGUUUCAAGUGGCGAUCAAACAAUGGCACUAACAACCACUUGUUGUCAACGUAGAAUUCAAAAUAUCUACUAAAAACGCUAACCUACGGUUCAGCUAUUAAGAGAACAUUCUGCAAGAGACAGGAAAUUACGUUAUUGAAUAAAACCAAAAAAUUCUUGUAUAGUUGGUUUGUAAUCAAUCUCUAUGCAGAAUGUAAUAAUGAACAAUUUACUGUCAUGGCCGCCAUGUGGGCUGAUAUAACGAUGCGGAAACCAAUCUUUUUGCGCAUUCAUCCAACGUGGCAAAUGACGUGGCAUGAUGGCUGAAGCUAAUAUAUAUUAAUAUACGCUAAUAGAGUACAAACACUAAAUGUUAUACUAAUAGUUAUCACUAUUUAGUAGUAAAUAGCACUAAUUAAACAAAAGAAAACAAUAGAAUUAGCAUAAAAUAGCGCUUUUUAGUGAUAUACAUGGUGCAUACUUUUAGUGUUUACAUUCUAUUAAGAUGUACUAACUAAGAACUGAUAAUAAUAAUAUUAUCAAAUUAAUAAUCUGCAGAUUAAAAACGAGAUCAAG